AUGCAUUCUACAACUUUUACAAACAGUAGGGGAGACUGGGGUCGAAUGGACCAGGUACGUAAAACUAAACGUAAGAAAUUAACUUCCAGAGUGUUAACCGACACCCCAGUUAAAGAAGAGCUUCGCGUGCAGCAAACUCGUGAAGAGAUAAAAAAACGUCCCAUCAUGAACAAAAGGAAAUUGCAACAAAAUAAAAAAAAUCAAAUAUCCGAAGAGAGCAACAGAGUAACAAAAAAAAAUAAAAUUAAAAGACAAUUAUAUGCUGAGAAGGACAUAUGCGUCAUGUGUGGUGAGGCUGGCCGAGACAACGAAAUGUGGUUUCGUUGCAGAAAUUGUGCCAAGUGGGCUCACGAGCUCUGCACGAGUGUUUCUAGUGCAGUUGAUUACAUUUGCGAAUUUUGCAUACAUGAAUAA